AACUAAUCUCAUGUACAUUCAAUGUAUGAAAGUGAAUCACAUGAUGUUAUGUCUCGUAUACUUUAUCCACUUGCAAAUAAAUUUGUAUCUUGCGUUAGUUUACAAAUAACCGGUGCGCAGUAGAAUAAACACUUAAUUAUUUUAAGUUUAAAAUGGUUAUUGCAAAAAAAUUUAUAAUUGUGAAAUACUUUGAAGGAGAACCCAAAGCAACAGAUGUUAAAAUAGUAGAAGAAGAAUUACCGGCUAUUGAAGACGGAGAAUAUUUGAUAGAAGCUGAAUAUUUAUCGGUAGAUCCUUACAUGAGAUUCUUUAGCAACAAACUACCACUGAAUUCAACGAUGAUCGGAGCUCAAGUUUCUAAAAUUAUUGAGUCUAAAAAUCCAGAUUAUCCUGUGGGAAGUCGAGUCGUCGGGCGUAUCGGUUGGAGGACGCACACUAUUAUCAAUUUAAAUAAUUUUUCUGAAAAUACAGUUUAUAGUAUAAAGCCUUAUAUUCUGCCUGACUUUGAAGAUCUUCCUCUGUCCCUUGCUCUGGGGGUCCUAGGACAUCCUGGAAACACUGCAUACUUUGGAUUUAUUGAAGUUUGCAAACCGAAAACUGGAGAAACUUUAGUUGUCUCAGGAGCUGCUGGUGCUGUAGGCUCGCAUGUUGGUCAAAUUGGAAAAAUUUUGGGCCUCAAUGUAAUAGGAAUCGCCGGUAGUGAUGAAAAAUGUAACUGGAUCACCAAAGAUCUAGGAUUUGACCAUGCGAUUAAUUACAAAACGCAAAAUGUAGCUGAAGAAUUAAAAAAAAUCGCCCCAGAUGGAAUUGAUUGUUAUUUCGACAAUGUGGGUGGAGAAAUUUCAAGCAUAGUGAUGCAUCAAAUGAAUCCUUUUGGCCGAGUUUCGGUUUGCGGUUCAAUAUCAGCUUACAAUGAAGAUCCUGGCAGCUUACCUCAAUGUACAGAAGUAUUUUCAACUAUUUUGGACAAUCAAUUACAAAUUGAAGGUUUCAUUACCAUUCGCUGGAUGGAUCGAUUCCGAGAAAGUUUUAAUAAAAAUUUUCAGUGGAUCCAAGAGGGAAAAUUGGUGUAUCACGAAACUGUGACUGAUGGUUUUGAUACCAUGUUUGAUGCGUUUGUUGAUAUGCUGCAUGGAAAAAAUUUAGGAAAAGCUAUUGUUAAAGUAUAACCAUCAGAUUGUAAAAUUACUGUAAUGUAUCUGAUAAACUUAAGAAAAUAUAUGAAAAAAUUAAAUUCACAUUGAAA